AGAGAUGAGAAAAAAAAGAAGUAAUUUAAGAGAGAGAAGAGAGAAGUGAAGAAGAGAAAAAGCAGAGAAUAAAAAGAGACCGGAUGUUGACAAAUUUCAGGUCACUGUUCUUAGUAGAAGGUCGUUUGUUUGUGCAAAGAUUUUCUUAUCUGGGAUCUCUCUCUUUCUUUCUCUCUCUAGCAUAAAUAAAAAAAUUGCUCUCUUUCGCUCUCUAAAGUAAAAACCAUUUCUUUUUUUUUUUCUCCUUUUUGUUGUUGAGGGAAAAGAGUGAGUCGCCCAGCAGAUCGAAAUCUCCUUCUUUUGUUCAAUUUUGGAGACGAUCUAAGCUCCCUGGAGUUUCAAUAAUACCCACUUUGUUUUUGGUUGUUUCAGCUUUAUUUCUCUUUCUAUGUCUAUGUUUUUGAUAGUGCCAGUCAUGAGGACUUUUCUGAAUUUUCUUUCUAUACGAUGAGGAGGAGACUGUUGAAUAAUUGAAUCCAUUGGGAGGAUUCUUCCGGGGAAGAGAUCAGAGGAUGUGGGUCUGAGCAAGCUUGUCAUUGAUCAUGCUUGCCACAUUUCUUCAUUUACUGCCAGGAAUGGGAACAAAAGUACACUGUGAAAGCUGCUUCCCAGGAUAUUUCUCAAUGAGGGAUCUUAACGAGGAUUCUAACAGUUGUAGCUGGCCUCUAUACUAUGGAGAUAGAGCAUUCACAAAUGGGCAGUACUAUAAUGGAUUCUUGCCAAGGACCAUCACAGAUGUAUAUCCAGGAUAUGACAAGGAUGUAGUAAAACAGACAAUGCUGGAGCAUGAGGCCAUAUUUAAGACGCAGCUGUGUGAACUUCAUCGUCUUUACAGAAUACAGAGGGAUUUAAUGGAUGAAUCUAAGAGGAAAGAAUUAUAUAAAAAUCGGAUGCCCAUUGAGACAUCAUUGUCAUCAAGCCCCUUGGCAUCUCAAAUUACAUCUGAAGAUGCUCGGAGAUGGCAUAUCCCUGGCUUCCCGUUGGGAAACUCUGUUUGUGGUGGACCAUCUACCUCAUGCACUGAAGACAUGCAUUCUCCAUUGAGUUCUAUAAAAGGAAGCAGUGCACAAGCUAGUCCAUUGUUGUCUCAAAAUGGAGGUACUCCAAAAGAUAUGGAGAUAUUGGACUCUAGGCCCACAAAAGUAAGGAGAAAGAUGUUUGAUCUUCAACUUCCAGCCGAUGAGUACUUAGAUACUGAAGGAGAACAAGUACAACUAAGGGAUGAAAAUGUAUGUGGUAUUUCUAAUUAUCUGUCAAAUAGGAAUCACAAUGUUGCAACUGCCACCAGCGGGAAGACUAAUUGCCAAGGAGAUGCAUUUCAAUCUGAAUCAUGUUUAAAAAGCAAAAAUAAUUUGGCUGACUUGAAUGAGCCUAUUGAUGUUGAGGACACAAAUGGAUCUGCAAAUGAUCUUCUAGGCUGUACUUCCUCCCAUUGUGAGAUUCAAGAGCAUGAACUGGCCACUAAGCCAAAAUCUCAGUUUCUUGGUUUCCCGAAAGAAGUUUUACUGAACCAUCAUCAUGGGAGCAAUAAUGGGAUUGCCAGUGAUCUGUAUUUACAAAAUAAUGUGAAAGGAAAACUAUGGUUUCCCCAUAUGCUAGAUUCAGGGAAUAGUAACAACAACAUAAAGUCCCCGUCUCAAAGUCUUCAGCCGGAGAAGUUGCCUUCAUCUUCCCAGCCAUUACAGGUUCUUUCAAACAAAAAUAAUGAGCCUGCAACUCUUUUUCAUACUGAUCAAAGUAAGGUGGAUCAGUUGAGAGAAAGAACAAGUUGUGGUUCAGAACUCUCUGGAAGAAAUAAUGAGGUCUCUAAUAAUAACCUUCCAGUUUCAGAUGUGGCUUCCCAUAUACCAAGUCAAUAUGCAAUCGAUCCUUCUUCUGAUUUAAGCAACUGCUGGUCUUGGUCUGGUUCAUCUAGGGAUAAGCUUGGUGGUAGCUUAAGCCAAAAGUCGAUGUCAGUUCAAAUGCACCUGAAUUUGAAUUCAUCUGCAACCUUAAGUAGGAGUUCUCAGUCAUCAACUCAAAGUCAUGGUGUAUUUGGAGACCAAUGGAAUUAUAACAGCAGUUCUGCAUCUAACCUGAGAGUCGGAACUGAAAUGCCUGACCAAAAUGGAUUUUACCAUGGAUCCUCAUCAGGAUCCAAGGAUCUACUAAUCCGCUUUCCUCCAGGCAACCGUGAUUUUUUGAACUACAAUAGUGCCAGUGAUGCAGCACAAGAGCUCAUACAUCAUGGUCUAGAAAAGCUCUACAAGAGCUCAAACUGCGUGCUUUCAAAAUCUGCACAAGAUGUGAACUUGAAUGCAGCUCUUUCGAACAGCUCCUCAACCAAAAUGACUUCCCAGAAAGGCCUUGAAGUCAUUGAUUUAGAAAGAAAUCAUGAGGAUCAUCAUGUGGCUUUGCCUUGGCUAAGAACUAAGCCUGAUCGUGAAGCUGAGGCUGUUAGUGCAGGAGUGGAUUUGAAUAUGGGGGGAUUUAGUGACUUGCAGUCUUCUCUGAAACAGUUGUCUGAUAAGAGAGAAGCUGGAAGAAUUCCUAAUCAAACAGUUGUUCAGAAUAUGAAAUCAGCUCCUUGUUCCAAUGUCUUCGAAGCCAGUAGGAUUGAAGCAAGGGACUCCUCAAGCUGCAGAAGAAUUCUUGGUUUUCCCAUCUUUGAAAAGCCAGAUGUGUCAAAAAUUGAGUCUUCUUCCCUUCCCUCUCCUUCUGUAUUGCAUCCUCAGCCAUCCCAAGAAGUAGAAAAUAACAGAAAAAUUAGGGCACUUGAUAUUAACUUACCUUGUGAUCCAGCAGUUCCUGACUGUUUUCAACAGACUGUAGCAGAAGUGCUUACAGAAAAAGAAAAAGAUACACAAGUAGCUAAUGUCAGAUAUGAGAUUGAUUUGAACUCAUGUAUAACCGAAGAUGAAUCUUCUCUGGUGCCUUCUGCUGCAGGCGCUAAUGUUCGAAUGAUUUCGGGGAUAGAUUUAGAAGCCCCUGCAGUUCCAGAAACUGAAGAGGAGAUUAUUCCUGGAGAAGAAUGCCUAGCAAAGGCUCAUGCAGCACCCUCAGAAUUAGCACAGCACAAAACAGAAAGUCCACCAGAUGAAUUUGUCAGAAUAGCGGCAGAGGCAAUAGUCGCCAUCUCUGUAACUGGUCACAACCAUCAGGUUGAUGCCACUCACAAUCCAUCAGAAGCUUCUAUGACAGAUUCUCUUCAUUGGUUUGUGGAGAUAGUUUCUUCAUUUGGAGAGGAUCUAGAGAGCAAGUUUGCUGUUUUGGAAGCAGAGGGGGACAGUCGAGAUAAAGAGGGGCCAUCUUUGGAAGAUUACUUUGAGUCUAUGACCUUGAAGUUGACAGAGACCAAGGAAGAAGAUUACAUGCCCAAGCCAUUGGUUCCAGAAGACUUAAAACUGGAAGAAACAGGAAGAACUUUAUUACCAACUCGAACCCGAAGAGGCCAAUCAAGAAGAGGAAGGCAGCGGAGGGACUUCCAAAGGGACAUUCUUCCAGGCCUUGUUUCUCUUUCAAGGCAUGAGGUAACAGAAGAUCUUCAGACAUUUGGAGGGCUGAUGAGAGCAAGUGGCCACAUUUGGAAUUCAGGAUUAACGAGAAGAAGUGGGUGUGGGAGGGGGAGGAGGCGUGCACUGGCUAGUUCUUCUCCUCCUGCUGUAAUAGCAAGCGAGCCUUGUACUCCCCUAAUACAGCAGCUCAAUAAUGUAGAAGUGAGAUUGGAUGAUAGAAGCCUAACAGGGUGGGGGAAGACACCUAGACGUCCCCGGCGGCAAAGAUGUCCUCCAGGUAAUGCAGCUGCUCUACCUUUGAGCUAAUCAUUGGAGGAGACUUUGAUUCAUGAACUGAGAAUGUUACAGGGGGCUAUGCGGAUAUUCAUUUGUAUGGCGGUGAGUUGUGAGCCAUUGGGGAUUCUUUUGUACAUUUUGUUAGCCCAUAAUCUGGGUCCCCUUUGAUUAUUUGUGUGUGGGUGGUUAACAACUUUGUUUUUAGUAUCCAUGAAUAAUGUUGCAUGAUUUGUUCUUGGA